AUGGAGCCGCUACAACGUGUCAUUGCCGACUUCCUGGCGGUGGUGGAAAACCUCAAGGGGGAACAUGAACUUGCCAAUGAGAUCGACCUUCCUAGGAUCAUCGUUUGUGGUGAUCAAAGUAGCGGCAAGAGUUCAUUACUGGAGAGUGUGACAGGGAUGAAGUUCCCAGUACAUGAGGGUCUCUGCACUCGCUUCGCCACAGAACUCAAUCUACGCACAGGGAGUGGCCCGGAGCAUAUCGUAGAGGUCUCGAUCAAACCAGACCCUACAAGAAGCACAGAGGACCAGGCCCGACUUUGUCAGGCAGUCCCAACCACCAUCAGCAGGGACAUCAGCCAGUUCGGGGAUAUUGUCAAACAUGCCGCGAGGGAGAUGGCCCGCGGAAAGACACAGAAUUUCUUUUCUGAUGUCCUCAAAGUCACAUACAUCGCGCCUUUCCUGUUCAACCUGAGCGUUGUAGAUUUACCAGGGCUGUUCCAAAACGAAGCACCCGGACAGACUCUGGGCGACGCCUCCUUUGUCAAGGAGCUCGUCCGCGAGUACAUGAGACCUGAGAGGACCAUCAUCAUCGCGGUCAUGUCCGCAAGAGCCUCGGUCGCGGUUCAAUCCAUUACCGCAAUUGCUAAAGAGGUCGACCCAGAAGGCCGGCGUACCCUGGGUGUGGUCACCAAGCCGGACGAGUUGGAAAAUCACCCUGGUGACAGAGAACAGUACAUUCAAGUCUUACAGAACAAGCUCCAUACGCUCGGACUCGGCUGGCAUGUGGUCAUGAAUCGAGGCCCUCAGCAAGGUGACGUAAGUAUUCUCGAACGUCGACAACUAGAGGCCGAGUACCUCUCAACGGAUAAAUGGCAAGACAUCAAACAAGAGUACAAAGGGGCAGUGAACCUCCAGACACGUCUGACACGAAUCUACCACGACCACAUCACCAAAGAACUCCCCGGCCUACUUCAAGAUAUCGCGAUUAAGAUAGACCAACUGCAGGUUCGGCUCGCCAGUCUCCCUAUCGUCAACAACUCAUUCAUCGUCAAGGAGACUCGUGGGAUCCUCGGUACACAAUGUACGCCGUUUUACAACUAUGUCUACGCCGCCGUGAUGGGGAAUUACAACGACUUGUUCUUUUCUGACCGUCCCGAAACACACGUCAAAACACGAAUUGUGACCGUCCUGCAAGACUUUCGGUCGCAAUUUGCCGCCAUACUAGAGUGUCUUCAGUCCGAACGACUCUCGGGAAAGGUCUCUCCACGUGCCACGAAUGAAGAUGAUGGUCACAUUGACUACGACUCUCUCCUGGCAGACACGAUGACUCAGCUGACUCUUUGCAAUCAACAAACCCCGGGGCAGUUCAACCAGGCGGUUGCCGGCGAUGUCGUUCGUCGGUUGACUCGCGAUUGGCGCCAUGUCGUCCAGGGUUAUCUCGAUUCGAUCUUGCAGAUCAUCUCCGAGUUCAUGGUCACCCUAGUCUCGCACUUGUUCCAGGAGUCAAUCGCCCAAGGGACCCUCCAGUACUUGAUCACUCCUGCCGUCGAGGCGCUCCAUCGGCGGUUCGAGGACCUCGUCCUUCAGGAUCUGCAGGUACUCGACGCAGCACCCAUCUUCCAGAGUGCCACCUUGCUUGAGAUCCCUACGACCCGCCACGCCGAGAUCACUCGCGCAGUGGUGGCCGAGGUCAUGACCAUACUCAGUUCGACGAACCGAAAUACGCAUGGAGGGAUGAGUAUGAGCCAAGCCGACGUCCAGAGCCUCAUUGCGCAACGAAUUCCCCCGGAAAUGCUUGGCGACCGGCUCGCGGCGGUCGAGGUCGUUCAGUGUGCCGUUCAGUACUGUCAAGACCUCAAGGCCAAGAUGGAGCAAAAGAUCAAUUUUCAGACGAUGUCUCAGGAGCUGCUGUCCAAACUGCCUAGUACCUUGAGCUUCAAGUCCGUGAGUUUUUUGGAUGACGAGGACCUAGUGCAUAUCGGCGGGACCGAGGACCCAUCGACGGCUGAACGUCAGAGAUUACAUGAGCAGUGCUCCCGUCUCCGUGCCGCCACUCAACGACUGAGUGCCCUCGCCAAGCUCGGUAACUCGGCCGACAGCUCUCUACCACAGCCCGUAACCCAGGCUGCCCAGGGCAAGAGCGCGGCUCGAGAUGACGAGUCAGAGACCACGGCAUCAGAUGGCAACGGGGACGAUGGAGAAUUCUCCACCGUACCACCAGCCCAACCAGGUCCACGAGGUGAAAAGCGAGCCAACACGGACCUGGACGAAGCGGAGGAGCCAUCUGGGUCACACAAGAGAAACCGCCGCGGCGACUAG